AUCCCAGAGCUAACCAACACUGUUUCAUUGUUCUGGUGGCCGUUUGUUCUUCUCUUUUUUUCUGGUUCUGGUGCUGUUUUGGUGUAAUUAUCCACUUGAGAACGCAUGGAUACCCGGUGCACAGGCCCUGCAUGAGUCUCGUGGGUGUGCCCAGUGCCAGUUUCAUUUAUAAAACGAUGAGUUUUGCACGUUCUCCAACGCCGAUGGCCGAGUGAUUACUCCGCUACCCCUCGCUUUCCUCCCAUGCGUUUGCCUUCUAUUUGCGUUUCUCGAACACAUCCCAGCUCAUUUGCAUAGAUCCCGUGUCGUGGAGCGACUUGGAACCUUUACGUCACAACCGGAGAACAGCGGCCGAGGAGAACCCACCCACUUCCAUUCCAGGAACAGGAACAUUUGAGCGGAAUGUGGAAGUGCCACAAGUGCGGCAAACCCGUUUACUUUGCGGAACGUAAACAAUCGCUCGGCUACGAUUGGCAUCCGGAAUGUUUGCGCUGCGAGGAGUGUGGCAAACGUCUGAAUCCAGGCCAGCACGCCGAGCACAAAGGUGUGCCUUACUGCCAUGUACCCUGUUACGGAGCCCUCUUUGGACCCCAGCUGUUUGGUCAUGGAACACGGGUGGAGUCCCACAAGAGCUACGGGGUGAAGGGCGCCCAGAAACCCGCCCAGGUUAACGGACCUGCUCUGCCCCGCGACCAUCUAGAAUCCAAGUUGAAGGUCUAUAACCAAUUUUACGACAAUAAAAGCCUGGGGAUAAGGAGUCGCGAGGUCAACAACCGUCUGGUGCUGGAGGGAGCUCUGCGUGUUUACUGGGGCGUCCAAGGAGUGAUUCAUCUGAAGGAGGACGACGAUCAGCGGACAUUUGUGGUGCGAAAGAGGAACUCCUGCCGCGUAUCCAAAGCUCAAGACGAGAGUAGUUCGGAUAAGGAGAAUGAAGCUAGUGAAUCUUUGGCUCCCCCAACCACAACCACUGGUGAGGUUGACCAGCUUUCUACGGACGUCUCGCUGUCGGAGAGUAUGACUUUCGACUCGUGCAGCUUAAACGAAAUAUCCGAUUUGCCCACAACUCCAGAAGAUGCCUCUGCUAAUACCACGAAUAACAGCAAGGAAGUGACCAACGGAAAGGUCUCGAACGACGACGAGGACACAACCACAACGGAUUCUUCUGGAACUCUGGUGGAGGCCCCAACAGCUAGCACAAGCUGUGUGUCGAACACGUUGCCUUCCAAAUUGGAUAACCUGGAAAAACUAGACUGGGACGAUAUAGAUGACUUGCUGCAGGUGGAGAGACGUCACAACGAGAAGGAUCGCAUUUAUGAGACAAUGCCCAUGAAACUGCCGUCUUCACAAUCCUCCAGCGAUAGUUCUCCUAGCAAAACAUCCACAGACAAUACCUCGACCACGACGGAGUCGAGCUCAACCCAAUCUGCCACGACGACGAAUACCAGCAGCUCGGACAACUUUAUGACCGCUACGGGGUCGUUGACAGCUAACACGAACACUCAAAACACCACAACAGUGACCACGACGGAGACCACGCUGGACAACUAUGAAACUUGCGAUGAUGCUACCCUCAAGCCCAUGGACUAUGAGGAUUUCAAACGCAGUGUUCACCAGGACUACGUUAAUGGAGCGAACUCGUUUAAGGAGCCCAACGAGGACACCUUGAAGCGGAAUCAACCCAUCGAUCCCUCACGUAUUCACGAUUCUCUGAAGCUCUACGGCGAGAAUUCGGUAAUGAGCAAAAGCUUUAACUGCGAGCACGCACUACGCUCGAUAGAUCCCACUUUGAUCAAUGACACCAUGAACCUACGCAGCAGUGGCUUGGACUCGCCGCGAUCCACGCAGCGCCAGUAUGCUUUGCAGAAAAGCGGAUCGGCAUCGGCGGCUUCCUCAGGGCCAAGCAGGGAGUAUAAGAAACCAUAUCAACAAGGGCGAAAGCUCUUCGAGAAGGGCAUCAAUCGCUCCAAAUCGGGACCCAGCUGCUUUGUUUACUCCGACAGCGAUGACGACGAUGACGCCACUUUGAAACCCCAUCGCUUGGCCACUGUAAGGCGCAGCGAUAUUCCACCGCGGUAUAUUCAAAUCCAGAUGGACUGCUAUCCCAAAGAGAAUUGCGCUGUCGGCAGUGAGAACGAAUCGAGUCGAGCGGAUGCGCCGUCCAUAACAAGUGGUGCAGCUGCAGGCGAUGAGCUGACUCAAACCGAAGAGCUAUACACAGCUAGCGAGGGAGCUAGUGGCGCAGGGGGAGAUGGAGAGGGUUCGGCUGGUUUGCAUGUCACCGAAGAUGGCGUAGUGUUGCGGCGACCACCUCGCACCGGGGCUGCAGCCAUCAAGCGGCGCAGUGGCAAUCGACGUUCCCGGACCAAGCUGAAACGACGGUGCUCCAUCAAUGGCCACUACUACAACCGGGAGACGUCGUUCUUUACGCCGCCCUACGGUUCUCAGAUGUCAGUAUGGGUGUCUUCGCUUAUAACCACGCCGGAGGUGAUUAAUUUGGUGCUGGAGAAAUACAAGGUGGACAGUCGGCCGGAAAACUUUUCGCUCUUCAUUGUGCGCGACAAUGGCGAGCAGAAGCGUUUGCGGGACGACGAGUAUCCGCUGGUGACGCGUGUCACUCUGGGGCCGCACGAGGAUGUGGCGCGUUUAUUUUUAGUGGAUGCACGCAAAACCGAUGAAAUCAGUAAUGAAGUUGCUCAAUUUUUGAAUCUAUCGCUGCCCGAGUGCCGGGCCAUUCUGGAGCGUUACGACGAGGAAGUGGCUCGCGAAGUAGCCAAAAUCAAAGAAAGGUAUGCCGAGCUGCGACGUCGUAUUGUGUCGCGCAUGGAAUCUCUGAAGGUGCAUUUGUAAUGCGAAAACGGAAUCUCCGGCAGUCGAACAAUUUUUAAAUAGCCAUAGCAUAAAUGCGGCCAAAAAUUCAUACAAAAAAAAUGUGUGCAGCUGAAAAAGGAAAAAAAAAGUAUUUAGGAUUUUAUACGAGAAAUAUAUAUAUUUUUAUGUAGCAUUUAGAAAGAAUUAUAAAUUAGCAAGAUUAGGCCCCAGUGAACAAAUCAAAGCAGCUGCCGCACGUCGCAAAUUAUUUACAUUAUUAUUAAGAGUUCUUCCCAAACGAAACUAACAAAUGAUUACCAGGCAUUUCCAUUUUUUUUAGACAGCGUUGUAAGACUUGUAACUAACCAAAAAAUAAUUAUUAAUCCGCCACAUUACCAUACCACUA